GCCAACCAUCCAGGAAGGCUGUUCGCUUACCGUCGUCGCCAAAUAGCGCCGUCUCAAGAGCCAGCCCAUCGAUUCUCACCCCAGCUGCGUCCCAAGAUCGAGUCGGCUGAGCCAUGUCCCGCGCUGUCUCUGCCAUACUGGCCUUGGCCUGUCUCUUGGCCGCCCUGAUCUCGUCGUCGUCGGCCUCUAAUCUCUAUCACAUCGACCUGGGCAGUCACCAGAAACAGUGCUAUUUUGAUUACCUGAACAAAGGCGAUCGUUUCGACAUGUCUUUCCAAGUCUCGAGCGGCGGCGAUAUGCUGAUCGACUUUUGGAUUCUUACCCCCAGUAGCCAGAUGCUGCACAAAAUCACCCAAGAAUCCAACUCCAACUUUGGUUUCGAUGCCAUCGAAGAGGGCCACUAUUCCUACUGUUUCCUCAACAGCAUGUCCGGUGCCGUGAAGAGCAUGUCGUUCAUUUCCGUCGGACCAGACGAACGCAAGCUCUUCAAGGAACGAGAGUACGAGUCCUCCGGCGGCAACACAGAGCAUAUGCGGGAUAUCUACAACCUCAUCCGUGCUCUCUCGAGCAACAUCCACGACAUCAAAGAUGGACAGACUCUGAACAGGGAGAGUCUUGUCAACCACAAAGCCACCUCAGAGAGCAUUAACUCGCGAGUUGCCUGGUGGUCAGUUGCCCAAGCCCUCUUUGUGAUCGUUGCCUCGGCUAUCCAGAUCGGUUAUUUGACUCGAUUCUUUGAGGUCAAGCGGCUGGCAUAGACGCCCCUGGUCAAUGUAAGAGAUAGUCCAAGACGUGUGCCAGCAUGGCUUUGCCGCCACAGCUGAUCAUCGAUCGGACAAUCCGCAUUUUAUUGGUCGUGGUCGCUGGCAGGUGCGUCAUACCAAGAGACGGCCCGUUGGUAUGGCGAAUACACGUAGGAGUAUAUCUUGCGCAUCAUCCAGGGCUGCGUAUUCCGCUCGGGACAAGCGGCAUUGAUCCAGCACUCGGUUGGCUGCGGAUCGAGUACUAGCGACGAUAGAACUGGCGU